GUCGAUAUGUAGCAAUAUAUAUGUUUAGUUUCAAAAUUCCCUCGUUCCUUCCAUCCGUUUCCGGACUGUCCAGAGCUUCGUUUUAGUGUGUGUUUUUUUUUUAUUCUCUUUUUUGCCACAGCGAUGAAUGCCGCACGUGGAUUCCGUGCCAUGAUCGUGGGACCGCCCGGCUGCGGCAAGGGCUUCGUGGCCCAAAUGAUGGUCAAGACAUACGGCGCCGUGCACAUAUCCACGGGCGACAUGCUGCGCGAUCACAUCCGCUACCGCACCUGGCUGGGCAAGCGGGUGGAGCGCUUCACGACGCGUGGCAAGCUGGUGCCCGACAAUCUGCUCACCCGCAUAGUGACGGACGCCAUUGGGAAGGCCGGCAAUCGGAACCUCAUACUGGACGGCUUUCCGCGGAACAUCAACCAGGCUCGGGCACUCGACGAAAUGAUGACCCUGGACUUUGUGCUGGACUUGUUUCUGCCGAUGCAGGCGAUCAUAGCCCGGCUGAGAACGCGCCUGGUACACCCGGCGUCCGGCCGGGUGUACAACGACCACGGGGACAUGGCGCCCCGUGUGCCCGGCCGUGACGAUAUCACCGGCGAGCGUCUGGUGCGCCGUGCCGACGAUACCUCCCACUCGGUAGUGAUGGCGCGGCAAAGGGACUACGUGCAGGAGACCUAUCCCGUGAUCCAGCACUACUCGCAGAAGAACAUCCUCCACACGAUCCUCGCCCGCCAGCACGAGAGCAUGGUGCCCCUUGUGAAGCGCUACCUGGCCAAGCGCUGGCCCAAGCGGAUCCACCAAAGAUUCCGUCCCCAGCGGCGCAUCGAGCUCGUGUGCAACCAAGGUCCCCGUUCCAAGAGCUCCACCCAGCAGUAUCGCUGGAGCGUUUCGUAGAAGUUCGGCAAAGUGGCAAAGUGGCAAACAGGAAGAGGAGAUGGAGAUCGUGUGCAAUAAAGGUCCGAUGUUUCGUUUGA